ACUGCAAACUUUAUCCUUUACACCAGACCCAGGGGUCAAGGUAUUCACUAUUGCUGUUUCUCUGAUUACCAUACAGUUAAAUCAUGUUGGUGCCAAUUUUCACUCUAAAAAUCAAACAUAAAAUCCAUCCACGUAUGGUAACAGUUGGAAAGUAUGAUGGUCUGCACCCGUGUUUAACCUGUGGGACAACGGCAUCUAAGGUUUUUGUUCACAAUCCACACAGUCCAGCCAUUGCAGGUGGCCGGGUUGCUGUACAAGAUUCCGAUAUCAGUUUGUUGACAAUGAACCAAUCAGUGAGUGCAAUAUGUGCUGGACAGCUGGAUCCAGAGAGCAAAAGAGACGUUCUGUGUAUUGGAACCCAAACAAACUUGCUGGCUUAUGAUGUGCAUGAUAAUAAAGAUUUAUUCUACAAAGAGGUUCCAGAUGGUAUCAAUAGUAUUGUGAUGGGAAAAAUCUCAAGUGUGGAUGCACCUUUAGUUAUUGCUGGUGGGAACUGUACAUUACAAGGGUUUGACAUGGAAGGAGAAGAUAGAUUUUGGACGGUGACAGGAGAUAUUGUAUCUUCACUUGCAUUGGUGGAUUUUACAAAUGAUGGAACUGAUGAGUUGUUAGUUGGAUCAGAAGAUUUUGACAUCCGUGUGUUUCAAGCUGAUGAUAUUAUUGCUGAGAUGACAGAAACUGAGGCAGUUACUGGUUUAUGCAGAGUAAGAGGAAGUAGAUACGGGUAUGCACUCGCUAAUGGAACUGUUGGAGUAUACGAUCGUUCUGCAAGAUACUGGAGAAUAAAGUCAAAGAACCAAGUCAUGGCAAUCCACAGUUUUGAUUUAGAUGGAGAUGGAGUACCUGAACUUAUAACUGGAUGGUCUAAUGGGAAAAUUGAUGUUCGAAGCAAUUCAACUGGUGAAGUAAUAUUCAAGGAUAAUUUAACAAGUGCAGUAGCUGGAAUAGUGGAUGCAGAUUAUAGAUUGGAUGGAAAGAACCAGCUGAUAUGUUGCUCUGUUGAUGGAGAAGUGAGGGGUUAUCAGACCGACAAAUCAAGGCUGCAAAUAGUAGAUGCUAACCGCUCGAGUGACGACAUGCGUGAACUCAACCUUACCAAGCAAAACCUUCUUCUGGAGUUAAGGAAUUAUGAGCGUGAACAGGAGCCAUUGAGAGGGGAGCAAGUGACAGCUAUGGAGAGAGUAGAAGGAGGAAUUAUACCGGCCAGCACAACUAUAAAUACUGAGCUUAUCAUUGAACAAAAAGAACAUCCGUGUAUUGAACUUGUGGUGUCCACUUCAAAUGAGACAAUAGUUCGAAUGGUUGUCAUUUUUGCUGAAGGAUUAUUUGAAGGCGAAAGUCAUGUCAUGCACCCAUCACCAAAUAACUUGACUAAUGAAAUAAGAGUUCCCAUUCACCCAACCAAGGACUCGGCUGUGGAACUCCAUAUUCAAGCUUUUGUCAGUUUGCCAGGAAGCUUCAACUUCCAUGUAUUUGAAGUGACCAACCACCUACCAAGCUUCAGUGCUUAUUUAUACCAAGAUAAUAUUCCCAACAUACCAGAAAGCUCGGUCACAUUUACACUCAAUGAGAGAGUGCAGAGGGUUGGAAUUUGGAUAAAUGAAAACUUUUUGUUACGCCAUGAAGUUCCAUGUGAAGAAUCUAUUGAUUGUCACUUUAUUGCUCUAAGAGGAGGAGACCUUGUUAUUAAAAUGGACAACAGUGGCCAGGUUCGAAUCUACACUGAUAACAUUGAUCUUGCUGGUGACGUCAUUCAAUCUCUGGCUUCUUUCCUACGGUUGGACCAUCUUCAAGUUACGGCUCAUUUCCCAAUGCAUCUUGAAAGACUGAGCAGUAUUAUGACAUCGGUUGACAAUCUGCAUGCAGUCACACAGAAACUUGCAGCAGAGAUGACAGACCAUUCAAAUCUUAUCAGGAGUUUAGUUGUGAGGGCUGAAGAUGCAAGAUUACAAGGAGAGAUCCCAAACAUGAAGAAAGGAUAUAUGGAACUGCAGGAUUUGAACCGGGAUCUUGUGAAUGGAUACCAUGUAAGGUCAACUAACCACCAGGAAUUGGUUAAAUCACUUAAACUUGUGAACCAGAUAAUACAGAAAGCGUCACAGUUGCGAGUUGGCAAGUACAAGGCGCAGUUGGUCGCACAGUGCAGAGAUGCGAUUAAAACCAACAAACCAUCCGCUCUGUUCAAAAUCAUUCAAGCUGGAAGUGCAUAAGCUAAAUUAAGGUUCAUGUAUAAUAUGGCACUCCAACUUCUUCAUUGUGCUGCAAUUGAUUUUCUACUGUCUUUCAUAUAUUUUGUACCUGUGCAAAUUUCUUUACCUUCUUUUAGAGUAUAUGUUCGUAAUAAAAAAAUAAUGUCGUCUU